UUUCUUUUGCAGGCAGCUCACUGGUGGGCAGAAGUGCGGUCUGUUCGCAAAAUUAUAUUGGAGAGGAAUAAUUCUUGUGGUCGCUCCAUUGGUCUUCCUACCUGUCCUUUUCAUAAAUCCGGAUGAUCAAUUGGCUUUUCGGUGCCUAUACAUUGUGCUGGUGAUGGCGAUUUAUUGGGUUACAGAAGCGCUUCCGCUGGCCGUUACAUCCAUGAUUCCGAUUGUGAUGUUUCCUUGCCUAGGGAUUUUGGACACCAACAGGACGACUAUGUGUUACUUCAAGGAAACCAACGUAAUGUUUAUCGGAGGCCUGAUUUUGGCCCUGGCUAUCGAGUUUUGCAAUCUGCAUAAUAGGAUAGCCUUGAAGGUAAUUUCCAUUGUGGGGUGUAGCCAGCCGAGACUAAAUUUAGGAUUAAUGUCGGUCACAAUGUUUGUCUCUAUGUGGAUUUCGAAUACAGCAGCCACGGCGAUGAUGUGCCCAAUCAUAGUUGCGAUCUUGGAGGAACUUGAACGACAAGGAAUUGGCCAAUUCUACACAGACAAGAAGGUUGAUGAAGAAGCUGCUGAAGAUUCUGAUGAGCCACCAAAUCCAUCACGGACGUCUGUGUGCUACUUCAUGGGCGCUGCGUAUGCUUCGUCGAUUGGAGGACUAGGAUCCUUAAUCGGAACGGGCACUAAUUUAACCUUUAAAGGCAUUUAUGAGAGUCGCUUUCCCGCUGCUCCCGGUAUUGACUUCCCUAGAUGGACAUUUUAUAAUGUCCCACCAAUGCUUGCCGCUACGUUCUUGACGUAUUUAUAUUUGCAGAUAGUAUUUGCAGGAAUGUUUAGGCCAAAAAGUCAAGAUGCGAAGGCGUCGAAUGUGGGUCCAGCUGGCGAAGAAGCGGCAAAAGAAGUCAUUGCCAAGCGAUACCAGGACCUUGGGCCAAUUAGAAGCCAUGAAAUUUUCGUUGCUAUCCUUUUCAUUUUAUCUAUACUUCUAUACUUUUCUCGUUCGCCGGGCUUCUUUCCAGGAUGGGCUGAUGUAAUAGCCCCUAAAACGUCGAUUAAAGAUGCAACCCCAGCAAUAUUUAUCGUUAUCGCAUUGUUCAUGAUUCCUGCUGUGUGGAGCUUUUUCAAAUUUUGUCGCGGAGGAGAAAAAUUACCUAAAAAGCCAUCUACAGGACUGAUAACUUGGGGGUUUGUCCAUACACAUACUCCGUGGAGCUUGGUGUUUCUGCUAGGCGGUGGUUUCGCCCUAGCAGAGGGUAGUUCGUCGUCGGGGAUGUCGGAGCUCUUAGGUAAUGCAUUGUCUGGAUUGAAAUCAUUGCCGCCGUUGGCUAUUUUGUUCAUAGUUCUCCUUUCAAUCCAAUUCCUGACGGAAUUUACAUCAAAUGUUGCUAUAGCUAAUAUAACACUUCCAGUUUUGGCGGAGAUGGCUGUGGUGAUAAGAAUUCAUCCCCUUUAUUUAAUGAUGCCAGCGGCAAUAACUGCAAGUUAUGCCUUCCAUUUACCAGUAGGCACUCCACCGAAUGCGCUAGUUGCAGGCUAUGCCAAUAUUCGUACAAAGGAAAUGUCUAUAGCUGGAAUCGGACCCACCAUCAUAACACUUCUAUUGAUUUGGAUAACAUUCCCAACGUACGGACUAGUCAUUUAUCCAGAAAUGAGUAAAUUUCCACCAUGGGCGACGAAAAAAGGCAAUUCGACCUCCUUCUAGGUGACGAUAAAGCUUGGCAAACCCAGGAAAGUGUCGAAAAAGUCCAUACUGCUCAAAUUUAUGUUGGAUGCCUAUUUCACCGCGUUGAUAAAUUAAUAAAGCGUUAUUUUA